GGGGAAUUUGAUGUUAUUUAUUAACAUAGUUUGACUCAGCAAGUUUUUAGGGAAAGUUUGAAACUGUUUUAUCAAAGACCAUUCUCAAUUCCAGGCAACAGGAUUACUGGCGAAGUCCUAUACCUAAACUCCUCAAACAUCUCUGAUUAGCUGUAGCAUCUCCUGGACUUCUAGCGAAAUACAGGAGCAGAAGAUUCUUUACAAAAUAUAAAUGUCGCUGUCGGUUAAAGAAAAGAGCCACAUCAGGCUGAUGUUCCUUGGAGCAGCUGGGGUGGGUAAAACCUCGCUUAUUCGCAGGUUCCUGCUUGACACAUUUGAAACGAAAUAUAGGAGAACGGUGGAUGAGCUGCACAUCAAGGAGUACAACAUCAGUGGCAUGAAGAUGCAAAUGGACAUUUUGGACACCAGCGGGAGCUACGACUUCCCAGCUAUGAGGAAACUUUCCAUCAAGAACAGUGAUGCUUUUGCUUUGGUAUAUGCUGUGGACGAUGCAGUGUCCUUCGAAACUGUAAAAUCUCUUAGAGAUGAAAUUUUAGAAAUAAAAGAAGAUAAUAAGCUCAUCCCUGUUGUAGUCGUGGGCAACAAAUGCGAUAAUAAGGGUGAGUUGCAGGUUUCGUCUAAAGACAUAGUGUCCACUGUGGAGGUGGAGUGGAACAACAAGCAUAUUGAAACUUCCGCUAAAACCAAUGAGAAUGUGGCCGAAAUCUUUAGUGAGCUUCUUCAACAAGCCAAUUUACCAAGCCGCCUGAGUCCUGCCCUGAGAAGAAGGGAGACAUUUCCCAAAGACAACAGAGCCAAACCACCCAUGAACAAAACCAACAGCUGCACAAUUUCUUAAACGCACGGAAUUCGUGACCAGCCAGUUACUGGGUGAGCAGAUCAGCCGUGCAUCCCACCAAGAGCAGCACCAGUGUCUCCAUGAUGUUUGAAUAGCGGGUGGAACUUUGUCGGGUCGGUACUUCUGCCUAUGUGCCAGAGAGGAAGUCACCUCCAUGCAAAGGGGCAUAAUACUGGACAACACACGUGGUGUCUGGAGAACAAUGCAAAAUGUAUUGUACUAUAAUUAUGCACACUUUGAACACAGACAGGCGGGUAGAGGCUUUCCUGUUAGUCGCAAAUCCUAAUAUAGAUAUAUUGUUGAAAACCAACCCCCUGCUUGUAUUGACCGAUAUUUGAUCUGUGUAUUGGUUUUGAAUUAAUAUGCACUGGUACUAGUAAUUUUCUUGAAUGUAUUUGACCACUUGUAUCUGUAGAAUAUUAUGUACAACAGUAUGUCAUAAGGAGACGGGUAGACAGGUUUCGUUUGCACUUUGUAUAUCAAAUAUGUGUCGCCUAUUAAGAACGUUUUAUAUUUUUUCUUUAUAAAUGUGCCAUUAUUAUUA